UAUCCCCUGAUCUCUUUCAAUGGCAGGAGCGAAAAAGUUGAAGGCUGGUGAGUCAGACUGGUGGUGAAUUAGGGCGGCUUUGAGAAUGCGGAGGUGGACGGGCAGCUUGAUUGGGAAGGCACGAGUCGCUUUCUGCUUAGCGAGGGGAAGGCGCGGAUUUCUUACGGCGAGCAGCAAAUCGAGGCAGCCUCCCACGCACGGGCCAAACGACUCUCCAGCGGGCGACGCACAUUUUCAUAGCGACGAAGCAAAGCGCGCAGCCAUCCACCACCUCAUACCGCCAACAUGAGACCCAUUCUGCUUUCAGGUCACGAGAGAGCUCUGACCCAGGUCAAGUUCAGCAAGGAGGGCGACCUCAUCUUCUCCGUCUCCAAGGAUCACAACGCAUGCGCAUGGUGGUCACACAACGGUGAGCGCUUCGGUGUCUACAAGGGCCACCAGGGUGCUCUCUGGACCGUCGACGUCGACCCGCGCACCGUCCUGCUCGCUACCGGCGGCGCCGACAACACCAUCAGACUGUGGGAGGUCAAGACUGGCAAGCUGCUGAAAACUUGGGAGUUCGGAACGGCCAUCAAGCGCGUCGAGUUCAACGAGGACGGCACCCAACUGCUCGGUGUGACGGAGAAGCGCCAGGGCCAGCUCAGCACAAUCAUCGUCUACGACAUCAACCAGGACCCCGAGGCCGAGCAGAGCAGCGAGCACGUCCUGCGCAUUGUUGUCGACGACAUUCCCAAGGUCACAGUCGCCGGCUUCUCGGCCUGCUCCAGAUACAUCAUCUCUGGCCACGAGGACGGCUCCGUCACCCAGUGGGACGCAAAGACUGGCGAGGAGUACGAGCGCGCCUACCCCCACGAGGACGGCAUGAUGGUCACCGACCUGCAAUGGUCCGCCGACCGCACCUACUUUGUCACGGCCUCCAAGGACAAGACGGCCAAGCUCAUGGACGCCAAGACACUCGAAGUCAUGAAGACAUACGUCGCCGACACGCCCCUCAACUCGGCCGUCAUCACACCCGUCAAGGACUACGUUAUCGUCGGAGGUGGCCAGGCCGCCAUGGACGUCACCACAACCAGCGCCCGCCAAGGAAAGUUCGAAGCGCGCUUCUACCACAAGAUCUUUGAAGAGGAGAUUGGCCGUGUCAGAGGCCACUUUGGUCCCCUCAACUACGUCGCCGUCUCUCCCCUCGGCACCGUCUACGCCUCGGGUGGUGAGGAUGGUUACGUCCGUGUCCACCACUUUGACCAGCCCUACUUUGACUUCAAGUUCGAGGUGGAGCGUGAGAUGAGAUUGUAAUUGUCCAAGAGGAGGCGAAAACCAAAAGGGGGCUUUGUGAACCACGGCAUGGCAUGGCGUUCAGGGCGUCGUUUUUGACUACAUG